AUGUCGCAAACCGGUCCGGCAGCGCCAUCUGUUGCGCAACUAGAGCAAGUGAAGGACGCUGUGCGCACUUUGCUCCACCAGCCUGAAUAUGAUGAUGGUUCCGCCGGCCCAGUCCUUGUGCGCCUAGCAUGGCAUUCUGCAGGCACUUACUGCGCGGAGACCAAGACCGGUGGCUCGAAUGGAGCGGGUAUGAGGUACGAGAAGGAGGGAGGCGACCCUGCCAACGCUGGUCUGGCGCAUGCCCGAGCUUUCCUGGAACCCAUCAAGGAGAAAUUUUCGUGGAUCACCUACGCAGACCUCUGGUGCCUGGCAGCCGUGGUUGCGAUCAAGGAGAUGGGCGGACCGGAGAUUGCAUGGCAAGGCGGCCGGACGGACUUCACAGACGACACCAAGAUCCCCCCACGGGGAAGGUUACCCGAUGCAGCGCAAGGCUCAGAUCACCUGAGGCAUAUCUUCUACCGUAUGGGCUUCAAUGACCAGGAGAUAGUGGCUCUGUCGGGCGCCCACAACCUCGGCCGAUGCCACAGCGACCGAUCCGGGUUUGAGGGCAAGUGGGUCAACAACCCAACGCGCUUCUCGAACCAGUACUUCAAGCUGCUCCUUGCGCACGACUGGAAGAAGAAGAAGCUUGACAACGGCCUAGAGCAGUUCGUCUACGUCGACGAGGAGAUUGAGCUCGAGGAGGGCGAGAAGCCUGAGGAGCUGAUGAUGCUGCCUACGGACAUGUCGCUCCUUUCGGACCCGGCGUUCCGCACUUGGGUGAAGCGCUACGCCGAAGACAAGGAUCUCUUCUUUGAUCAUUUCUCCAAGGUUUUCGCUAAGCUCCUUGAGCUGGGCAUAUGUAGAGACGCCAGCGGCAAUGUCACCAAUGCUGAGAAUGUGGAAGAUGGCUACAAGAGCGCACCGAAAAAGAGCGACACGGCCGCGACACAGAAGGACCAGAAUCGUGGACAGGUGGGCCACGAGGCCGCGCCACUCAAGGACAAGAACGAGACGUUCCAGAGCCGCAAGAAUGGCGCGAAGUUGUAA